UUCAACUCUUUUGUCCAAAAUCAAUCUGACAUCAUCGUCACCAUCUUCAUCUUCAUCUUCAUCAUUCUUUCCAUGGUCAAUUUCAAAUCCCACACAAAAAUCCCAAUGAAAUUCCCGUAAGAUAAACUUCAAUCGCCAGAAAAUUGAGGAAACAGAUAAGGAAGAAAACGAGAAACCUAAGAAAAUCGUAGAUAGUAAUUCAAAGCAGCUGGAUGCAGAAUAUAAUACAAUCUUUCUGCUUCAAUUGGCUGAAAUCCUCAUAUUCCCCGCCCACAUGGGCCGCUGCUAUAGGCGGCGUUUUUGUCAUCGUCACACUUAUUCUCUCCAUUUACCUACUGUUCGAACACCUCUCCGCUUACAAACAUCCGGAGGAGCAAAAGUUUUUGAUCGGAGUCAUAUUGAUGGUGCCCUGCUAUGCUGUUGAAUCUUUUGUGUCAUUGUUGAAUCCAUCAAUCAGUGUUGAUGUUGAGAUCCUUCGUGAUGGCUAUGAGUCCUUUGCAAUGUAUUGCUUUGGGAGAUAUCUCGUUGCCUGUUUAGGUGGGGAGGACAGGACUAUAGAGUUCAUGGAGAGGGAGGGACGUGCAAGUUCCAAAACGCCCUUACUGGAUCAUGGCUCAGAAAGGGGAAUAAUACAGCAUCACUUUCCUUUUAAUCUUUUGCUGAAGCCGUGGAAAUUGAGUCAAUGGGUUUAUCAAGUUAUCAAGUUUGGAAUUGUCCAAUAUAUGCUUAUAAAAGCAUUUACUGCUAUUCUGGCAGUAAUUCUGGAAGCUUUUGGUGUUUAUUGUGAGGGAGAGUUUAGAUGGAACUGUGGGUAUCCCUAUAUGGCUGUGGUUUUAAAUUUCAGUCAAUCGUGGGCUUUGUAUUGCUUAGUGCAAUUUUACAGCAUCACAAAGGUUGAAUUAGCACACAUUAAGCCAUUAGCCAAGUUUCUGACAUUUAAGUCAAUUGUGUUCUUGACUUGGUGGCAAGGUAUCUUUAUUGCCCUUUUCUAUGAUCUUGGCCUGCUAAGAAGCCCUAUAGCUCAAGCUUUGCAGUUCCAGUCAAGUGUUCAAGAUUUUAUAAUAUGCAUUGAGAUGGGCAUCGCUUCUGUGGUUCAUCUGUAUGUGUUCCCUGCAAAGCCGUAUGAGCUGAUGGAAGACUAUUUCCCUGGAAGUGUUUCAGUUCUUGGAGACUAUAUUGGUGAAUAUCCAGUUGAUCCUGAAGAGGUUAGAGACAGUGAGCGUCCUACAAAAUUGCGCCUUCCCCAACCUGAAGUUAAUGUUAGGAGUGGAAUGACCAUCAAAGAAAGCGUUAAGGACGUUUUUGUUGGUGCUGGUGAAUUUAUUGUGAAUGAUGUGAAGUUUACUGUGACACAAGCUGUAGAGCCCAUGGAGAAGGGAAUUUCACAUAUAAAUAAGAAACUGCAUAAGAUCUCUCAGAACAUGAAGAAGCAUGAAAAAGAGAGGAGGACUAAGGACGACAGCUGUAUUGAUUCUCCAUCUCGUAGAGUAAUUCGUGGAAUAGAUGAUCCCCUCUUAAAUGGUAGUAUUAGUGAUACUGGGAGUGUUCGGAAGAAGAAGCACCGUCGAAAAUCUGGAUACACCAGUGCAGAAAGCGGUGGUGAGAGUAGCAGUGAUCUUAGUUUUGGUGAUUAUCAGAUCCGAGGCAGGAGGUGGGUUACCAAAGACUAAUGUUGCACAUGAACAGACAAUUGUGUACAGGAGAUCCCUCGGCGUGAUCUUUUUUCUCCUUCAACGCGAGGACUGCUCUCUUCAAAGCAUGUUUCUGCUACAAUGAAGUUCAAAGUUUUCAUUUUGGAAUUACGUCAAUGCUUGGGUUUUACUCGUAUCAUCCGAUUGAAGUGGCAUCCUGAAAGGGUUUAUGGAGACACUUUGCCGUAUGCAUUACAUCAAACUUAAUAGGCGAAAAGAUUGUACCAUAGAGCUCUCUCUAAUUUGGUCGCGAAGUUUCCAAACCGUAUUAGGAUGAAUUUGCUCAACCAGUUUUUCGAACACUUCUCCUUAAAUGCAAAUCGAUGUCUUCAUUAGGUUGUUGUACCACAGACUCGUUUAGUUUUGAUCAGUUGCUGAGUUUUUCAUGGGCAGGGAUGGAUCAAGACAAUCUAAAGCUGUGUGCGCAACUUUCCAUCUCAUGAUUCUUUUCCAUAGUUGCAGUUCUGACAAGAGGAUUCUCCUCCACGACUUCAAGUAUUGCAUCUUCUGAGGGCUGAGAAUGAAUGGUGCAGUCCAACGAUGCAGGCAAGAUUUGUAAUUUUUCACUUCUAGUUGGUUGUGAUCGAUCUGGAUUUCAAAAAAGGCAUAGCUUCUUUCGUUACUACUGCUAAAUAAAUGUCAAGUGGGACGACCCUCCUUGUGUAAGAUGAUUUUAUCACCUCUCAAAAGAGCUAUCACUUUUCCUAUCGAGCAUGUUCUCAUUUUAUGUAAUGUCAAAUAGGUACCUAAAAGGUUAUGUUUGGUGAGUCAAGUCUUUCUGUAUUUUUAAACAUAAUAAUCAAGUAGCACAUCAUCAUGAUUUUUCCUUUUUUAAGUUAA